GUUGCCUAUUAUUUGCUCAGCCUUUGAACCAAAGCAAAAAGAUGAACACCACCAAGCUAUCAACAAUGAUUUCAUCUUAUUCAUCCACCGUCAAAACCACUUCUCGCUAUUCAUCUCUUCCCUCUCUCUCCCCUUCAUCUUCUUCUCGGAAUUCUAUUCCCGUCAAGCAGUCAUUAUCCUUUCCUCCCAGUUCACUCUCCACUCAAACACGGAAUCUCACCGUCAUCACCGCCUCCAAAUCACACGAUUCCAAUAUGGCUCCCUCUGUUCAGGGACGUGAAUCAUUUUUCAGGAGUGUGUUUGCAAAUAUGGAAAAGGUUUAUUUAGACAGGAACCCAACUGCAAAAGCUGUGUUGGACCACGUUCGAUCAGCUGAUGACAGUCAAAUAUGCUAUGAUCAUAUUGCUUUCAGGACAUUCGGGGUAAAUGGUUAUGGGAUUGAUUCCAUUGCAAGUUUUUUCUUGGAUUAUGGCUAUACACAAAAAGAGGAGCUGAGAUUUCCUGCUAAAAAACUGAAAGCGCUGUGGUUUUCGCCUCCUAGUGUUCCGCAUCCUGAUGGCGGUAGUGGUGUUAGUGAGCCUUUGCCUAGAGUAUUCAUAUCAGAGCUUCUUGUGGAUCAGAUGAGUCCGCAGACUCAGGAAAUAAUUAAAAAAUACACUGAAGCAUCUGGUAGUGGGAAUAAACAUGCUGCUCUUGCAAGUGCGCUGGGAUCUUUAACAUGGGGAAAGCCCUUACAUUCUGAAUUUCAACAAUUGGCAAGGGAAAGUGAAUAUGCUGCCUGGACCCUUGUUAAUGGCUAUGCAGUGAACCAUGUCACUAUUUCCACUCAUCGGCUGAAAUCCCAUUUGAAAAACAUUAAAAGUCUGAAUGAGUUUAUUGAAGAGAAUGGGUUCAGGUUGAAUUCUGAAGGGGGAGUUCUUAAAGUGAGUCCUGAUGGCCUUUUGCUGCAAAGUUCAACUGUGGCAGAUUCAAUCUCUUUCAAAUUUUCUGAUGGUGUCACAGAAUCAGUCCCCUGUUCAUACAUUGAGUUUGCUGAACGUCUUGUGUUGCCUCAGUAUAAAAAUCUGCCUGAGAAAGAGGUUCAGGAGUUUCAUAGGCGAGAUGGAUUUGAGGUUGGAAAUGCCGACAAGAUCUUUGAGAGUACAUCCAAAGAGCAGCUUACCAGGAGAGCUGCUUGAGAUAGAAAAUGAAACUCAAUAAUAAAUUAAUUGUCAAGCUUAAAGAAAUAAAUAUUUGACAGGUACAUUUAGUCGGAGGUUCCACAAAGUAAAGUUCUCUGUAAUGUCAAUGUAUAUAUAUGUUAGAACAAAAAGCUAUUGAAGGCCUGAAGCAUGUAAAUGAACUCUAAUCAUAAUAAACGGAAAGUGAUUUAUUAGAAUG